GAGCGACGCCGACAAGAGCAAGAGCAAAGAAAAGCGGCAGAGAGUUCACGACUGGCCGUGGAAGAAUGGUUGCAACAGGCGGAGAAAGAGGCAGAGGAGAAACAGCGUCUGGAAGAGGAGCAGCGCCGAGAAGAGGAGCGAUGUCGACAAGAGCAGGAGCACAGAGAAGCUGAAGAGAUCGUGCGGAUGGCGGCGGAAGAGCAGCUGCAACGUGAACGUGUGCUGGCAGAAGAAGCGCGGAAACGUAUGGAGGACAUGAAAAGAGAAGAGGAUUGCCGAGAAGCAGAAGAGAGCACUCGGAUGGCUGCCGAGGAGCAGCGGCAGAAAGACGUUUCUCAGGCGCAGAAAGAGGAAGAGGAGAGACAUCGCAUGGCGGAGGAGCAGCGCAGAGAAGAGGCCAGUGAGCUUCCUGUGUUUUCUGCGUCCUUGACCUGGGUGGAUUGCCAGGAACGACUGCGACAAGAGCAGCAAAGAGAAGCUGAAGAGAUCGUGCGGAUGGCCGCGGAAGAGCAACUGCUACGUGAACGUGUGCAGGCAGAAGAAGCACGGCGACGGAUGGAUCAGGGUGCUGAGGAGAUGAAAAGAGAGGAGGAGCGUCGAGAAGCAGACGAGAGCACUCGGAUGGCUGCCGAGGAGCAGCGGCAGAAAGACGUUUGUCAGGCGCAGAAAGAAGAAGAGGAGCGACAGCGCAUGGCGGAGGAGCAGCGCAGAGAAGAGGCCAGUGAGCUUCUUGUGUUUUCUGCGUCCUUGACCUGGGUGGAUUGCCAGGAACGACUGCGACAAGAGCAGCAAAGAGAAGCUGAAGAGAUCGUGCGGAUGGCCGCGGAAGAGCAACUGCUACGUGAACGUGUGCAGGCAGAAGAAGCACGGCGACGAAUGGAGGAGGGGUGGCGACGGGGGCAGACCCUGCGU